UCCUCCACCAGUUCUCUUAGGAUGGCCCCGUCGAAAUGGCGGCCUUGGAGGAUCCUCGCCCGUGCUAAGGCGAAAGGUGUCGACCUAAUGCUCAAUGCCGCCAUUGAAGGCGCUCCCCUCAAUUCGCUCAACGUCCGCAAGAGGUUCUUCCUCCUCCUCGGCCUCCAGCGGUUCUUCAUCGCAGUAAAGCUGGAAACCUACGAUUUCGAGCCAAAGGGAACUUUCAAGAAAUCAAAAAUUUUACAGUUAUUAGGAAAGAUCUUCGUCCGGAGAAGAAAGAUGCGGUGGAUCAGGGACAAUGCCGGAGCUCAGAAGAGUUCGAAGCUUUGGCUACCCUAUCUCGCUUCGCUCCAGAUUCUUUCAUCAAAGAUUUCACCUUCAAAUUGGAGUUGGACGAUAUGGCCUGCAAUCUUCAUUUUAUCAUUAUUAUUUUUCUGUGAGGUAAUGCAACCAAAUUACAAUCUUCUUUGCACUUUUUGUGUGAAUGUUUCCUACUUAUUGUAGUGUUUUCUCAAUGAAAUAAUUGUACCUUAUAUUUAUCCAUGACAAUAUCUUUAAAUUAUUCUUAGACACGUGUGAUCCUUUCCUAAAGCUUGAAGUAGAUCUGUCGAUUUGCUCGUCUUUGAAUA